AUGGCAUCAUCUUCUAGUGCUCGCAGAAGACUAUUAUGUGGUCCUGAGGACCCAUCUGUACUAUAUUUUCAGAGACAACACGUCUCUAACAAUAUAUGGGCUGGAGAACCCUCACAAGACCUACGCUGCAGAAGGUACGAAGGUAUCAUUUGGGAUGUUCCCAUACAUCCUCGUGUCUUGGCGAUUGUAGACAGGAUGGGGUUUGGCGGGAUGUUGAGGUGUGAAGACGUGGAGGUCUUGUGGGGCCUUAACACUGACGGUGAAGCUCUGACGGGUUACAUCCCCACUAAGGAUGUAAACCAUUGGAAGGAGGUUUGUCUGGAUUUUCUUGGCUUUAUUCCAGAUCAAGUUGAUUUGAAAGAAAUGAACUGGAAGCAGACAGCCUUAUCAGCUCAAUUGAGGAUUGAGUUGAGUGAUGAUCACGAAGAGUACAUGUACGCGCAACGUGCUCGUGUGUAUUGUCUGUUGUUACUUGGUGGUCUGUUGAUCCCUAACGCAUCUGGUAAUAAAAUUCCAUUUUUCUACAUUCAAUUUUUCAUGGAUAUAGAACGAUAUAGUACCUAUAGCUGGGGUGGUGCGACUCUUGCAUGCUUGUACCACAAUUUAUGUGAAGCUGCACUUGGUAAGAGGACCGAUGUUGGGGGUGCUCUUACAUUGUUACAAUUGUGGGCUUGGGAGAGAAUCCCAAUUAUUAGGCCGACAAUGCUAAAUCCCGUGCCUAUAGACUACCUACCAUGUGCAAUCGCAUGGACUGGUCCGACCUCUUAUGUAAAAGCACCCGGGCAUUGCAUUGAAACUUUCAGAGAGCAGUUCUCUAGAAUGCAUGCCGACCAAUUUAUUUGGUGGCCGUAUGUCCACCGAAACCUGCCGGAUGUUUGUGUUGCCGGUCGUCCUAUAUGGACGUCGAGCACAACCAUUAUUUGCUGGAAUCUGGCCGAGCCAUACGUGCCAGAGCGAGUGUUGCGACAAUUUGGGAUUGUCCAACCCUAUAUCCCGCUUGUCAACAGGUUCCACGGUGCUGAUUUUUUGAAACAGGAUCGACGUGGCAAAGCUGGACGGAAUUGGGUUGACUGGCACGCCAAUCAUUUACAGGCUUGGGAUAAUAGGCACGACACGGUGUACGUGGAUUUGGAGUACUCAAUGGAGCCUAUUGCACUUGAUGAGUACAUGGAUUGGUUUCGCCGGAUAACCGUGGUGUACAUAACAAAACCUGACGUGCAUGCUCAGGAGGGCUUCCAGCAAACGGCAGCCUCUCAUAACUACGCAGUGGAGACGCUGCACAGAAUACGCCACUAUCUUAGUGAGCAAGACAUGUUAAGACAUCCGGCUUUGUACACUAUUUCGAGGAUGGUUGAAGACGGCCUGCACAUAUUUGGGGAACCUGAGAUGAUGGACUGCCGUCCUUCCCAGCGGUCUGAGCUGGACAUUGACAUGCCCGUGAGGCAAAAAGGGAAGCGGCGUGGUAAGAAGAAAGCGGGUGAAGAGUCGUCAUCCGCAAGGAUGGUAGCAGAUUCCGAGGACGACUUUAUGCCUCCACCUCCACCAAGCUCCGUCGUUCGAGGACGGCAUUCAGUUAGCGACACUGGUGGAACCGGUGAAGAUAUCGGUCUAAGUGAUGUCCCUCAAUCUCCACCUCGUUCUUCUGUGCGAGACGACUUCUUUGGCGCUGAUUUACAGAACAUGGUUGUGCAAGAUACUCCUCCGUCUCGUCUCCAUACCUCCAGAAUCGGGAAGGGAAUCUGUGGUUUGUUUAUGCGGAAAAGGCGAGACGAUUGA